AUGGCUCACACACCCUUCCCGAACGAUCUGCCUGUUCCUCAGGAUGAUGGAGCUUGCUCACAUCUCACCGGUUUCAAGAUCCCGUCUGUCUUCUUAUCCUCGACCUCAGGCCACCAGGUGGAUGUGUCGAAGCUCUCUGGACUUGCCAUCAUUUUCUGUUACCCCCGUACUGGUGCACCAGGCGAGACUGUUUCAGAUGAGUGGAACAUCAUUCCGGGAGCGCGAGGCUGUACGCCCCAAGCUUGCAGCUUUCGCGAUGAGAUGGGCGAGCUGCGCAAGCUUGGCGUAAACACCAUUUUUGGCGUUUCUACCCAGGAUACCCCAUACCAGGCCGAGGUUAAGUCCCGCGUGCAUCUCCCGUACGAGCUAUUAUCGGACGCAGACCUGAAUUUCACAAAAGCUUUGAAACUACCAACUUUCGAGUGGCAGGGCAAAAUGCUCAUCAAACGGCUUGCGCUUGCUGUUGAAGACGGCCAGAUUACCAAGAUCUGGUAUCCAGUGUUCCCUCCAGAUGCAAACGCAAAGCAAGUUGUUGCGUGGCUGGCAACGAAGAACUAG